AGGCUGCUUCGAUUUAACACUUCAGCACCUGCAUCAAGGGAGGGGAAAGGAGUCACUCGCUUAUCCAGUCUGAGGAGUUGCUCCCACCCAAGCCCAUUCUCCCUCCUCCAAACUUCCAAACCGAGCCCCUCCACCUGCUCACCCAGCAGCCCAGAGCCCCCCGCCCUCCUCCAUACACUCGCACACAGCGCUUUGAGCUGAGCCCCAUCUCUUCAAGAUGUCCAAGGUAGCCAAGUACCGCAGGCAGGUGAGCGAAGAUCCUGAUAUCGACAGCUUGCUGUCUACGCUGUCUCCGGAGGAGAUGGAGGAGUUGGAGAAGGAGCUGGAUGUGGUGGAUCCAGAUGGGAGUAUUCCCGUGGGGCUCCGGCAGAGGAACCAGACGGACAAGCAGUCCACAGGCUUGUACAACCGUGAAGCCAUGCUCAAUUUUUGUGAGAAAGAGACCAAGAAACUCAUCCAGAGGGAGAUGUCAAUGGAUGAAAGCAGGCAAGUGGAGACCAAGACAGAUGCCAAGAAUGGAGAUGAGAGGGGCAGGGAUGCUGGUAAAAAAGUCCUUAGCUCCAAACGGGACUCAGAGCUGGGAAAAGAACAGAAGAAGGACAGUCCAAAGAUAAGCCGACAAAGAGAAAAAGAUGAAGCAGAUGGCAAAAGUAAAGAGAGGCUGAAGGAUGACAAAGUACUGAGGGGGAUAGACAAGGGCAGGGUCAAGGCUGCUGUGGACAAGAAAGAGACAGGAAAGGAUGGGAGAGAAGAAAAGACAGCAGCAUUAAAGAAAGACGAUGAAAAGAAGGGGAUUGAAAAAAGCAGGAGUGUGAACAAAGAGAAGGAGAAGAAGGGAGAGGACAAGAGUGACACAGUGGAUAAAAAAAAGGAGGAAGAGAAAGUGAAGACGGGGAGUGGCAAAGUGGAGGCCAAAAAGGAAGAUGGGAAAGUUAAGAAGGGGGAGCCCGCUACUCAGAAGGACCCCAAGGAUAACGCUGAUGCCAAGAAUACUAACGCCCCAGAGCCUGAGAAGCCCACCCCCAGUAACCCUGCCAAGGCCCCAGAGCCUGAGAAGCCCACCCCCAGUACCCCUGCCAAGGCCCCAGAGCCCCCAGCAAAAGCAGAAGAGGAAGCAGCCCCCAGCAUAUUUGAUGAGCCUCUGGAAAGGGUGAAGAACAAUGACCCGGAGAUGACCGAGGUAAAUGUCAACAACUCGGACUGCAUCACAAAUGAGAUUUUGGUCAAAUUCACCGAGGCACUGGAAUUCAACACUGUGGUCAAGGUGUUUGCCUUGGCCAACACCCGGGCAGACGACCACGUAGCUUUCGCCAUCGCUAUCAUGCUCAAGGCCAACAAGACCAUCACCAGCGUCAACCUGGACUCGAACCACAUCACUGGCAAAGGCAUCCUCGCCAUCUUCCGGGCUCUGCUCCAGAACAACACCCUGACGGAGCUUCGCUUCCAUAAUCAAAGACAUAUCUGUGGAGGCAAGACCGAAAUGGAGAUCGCCAAGCUCCUGAAGGAGAACACCACGCUGCUCAAGCUGGGCUAUCACUUUGAGCUGGCAGGCCCCCGGAUGACCGUCACCAAUCUGCUCAGCCGCAACAUGGACAAACAGAGGCAGAAGAGGCUGCAGGAGCAGAAACAGGCACAGGGUGUGGGUGGGGAGAAGGACCAGCUGACAGUCCCCAAGAUUGGGGCCCUGCCCAAAGGCUCCCCAAAGCCAUCACCACAGCCCUCUCCAAAGCCCUCCCCGAAGAACUCCCCCCAAAAGGGAGGCACUCCUGCUGCCCCACCCCCACCCCCACCUCCCCUGGCUCCACCCCUCUUGCCAGAGAACCUGAGGAAUUCCCUUUCUCCAGCCACUCAAAGGAAGAUGGGAGAUAAGGUCCUCCCAGCACAAGAGAAGAACUCCCGGGACCAACUGCUAGCUGCUAUCCGUUCCAGCAACCUCAAGCAGCUCAAGAAGGUGGAAGUGCCCAAGCUGCUUCAGUAGGACGAGGGGCCUGGGGACCAUGUCUGCCCAUCCCAUAACUGUGCUCAGACCAAGCCUCCCAGAAUGAUGCAGACCUUCCCCAACCUCGGCUUCCCGCUGUGGAGGGACCUACACUGUGAAGGGAGUCCCAGGAGAGAGGCCAAGGACCCUGGAGUCCAGGCCAUAUUCGAGGAAAGACACCUCCUUUAACCUCACCUUUCUUUUCUUAUCUUUGAGAUUCUCCAAGGAUUUCUUUUCCCUGGAAUCAAGGGUUCUGGACUAUAAGAGCCCACCUAGUGUGCCACUCAGAAGGUGGUACUGUUCCUGGGUGCUAUGCUCCCAGCUGGCCAUGGAAGACCUAUGGCUAGAGAGAUGCCCAGCAAGGACCACAUGACACUCUUCUCCCUUUCCUCCCAAUGCCUGCUGCUCCUGUGGCUGGGAUUCGGCUCUCCGAGGAGCCCAGGAGGCACAGCUGAUGGGGUUGGUGGGUCUCUGAAUGUGGUACUGCCAGGAGAGAGGAGAUGACUUGGUAUGGAAGGGUAGAGGUGAACAGAAGGCAAAAAGGAAUCAUAAUUGUUUGGGCUGCACAUAAUUGGGAGGAAUUGCAUUUCUUUUUCAGAAAGAGAUAAGGGUGAGAUAGGAGCCACCCCCAAAAUCCUUGGAUAUGGGAAGAGGGCAGUAUCCUGCCCCCAGUGCUCCUGGAAUGUGCCUGGGUUGAUUGGAAAGGAAGUGGUGGGAAUAGCAGUGUUCUGUAUUAACUCUUGUAAUAGAGGGGAAGAGGAAGGGGCUGGCUGCUGGGCAAAAAUGAGGGAGGGGCACACCAAGAAUGACAGUUGGUCACAUCAGGUACCAACAGACAUUUCCCUCACAUCUACCAGCUACUGUAUGGAAUAGCUGUGUACCUGUUUUUCCAUAAGAUUUUGAUAAUAUAUACAAACCUUUAGCUGCCUAAGAUUGUAUUUGCUGCAGAGGUGCCAAUCAUUGACUGCACCUUGCCCUUACACCUCCUCUUUCCCUUGGGGACCUUGGAAAGAAGUCCCUUAACUGUGCACUUAUUCUAACCCUCCCUCACUACACACAGCUAAGAUUUGAACCUGUCUCAGGGGAUCAGGGUGAAAGAAAGGGGAGAGGGAGGAGGAAGCUGACUGAGAGAGCCCAGAGCAGCAUCUGGGAGCUUCCUGGCUCAGGCCAGAAUCCACCAUGUUCUAAUAUAAAUGCCACUCAAUUGAACAUUUAUUAAUUUCCUGAGAGACAGUGAGGUAUAGUGGAUAAAGAAAUAAGUUCAACUUGCUUUUGACUCAGACUGACUAUAUGACCCUGGACAAGUCUCCUAACCUCUCAGGAUGCUCUAAACAAUGC